UUAAUAAAUCUGGAUCGUUCGAUUUAUGCUGAUCCUGAGCACAUUGAAAUCGGAAUGGCAAAACUUUGGGCUAGUGCACAUGGUGUGAUGAACAGCAACGAAACAAUCGAUGUCUUGCGCAAGUUUUAUCUGUCUGAUGGGCCGCUCACCAACAUUCAGUUUUUGCCGAAAGAGAUGCAAAACUUCGUUGCUGAAAGAGGCUUUCCAGUGUACCGUUUUGAAAAGCUACCCGCUGACGCCGAGUUUCUUGAAGAGGAGGAACCGAGUGACAAAACAAAAAGAGUUAAGAGGCAAAACGGAGAGCUCAUUGAUGCACAGUGUUCAGGGGGGCAAUUUGCUGCAUGGAAGUAUGCUUAUGUUAAUAAGAACACCUGUGACUAUCUAAACUUUUGCACUGAAUCCUGCAAGGUGCUUCAAAGAACACACAUACGGAACGUCAUGUUUGUCUCCUGCUUGUGCUGUCCUUAUCAUCGUCGCAUGUCGGAAUGUAUUCAUUGCGAAGAGCUGACUCACGGUUGA